AUGGCGGUGCUCGAGGCGGCGCCCAUCCAGCGCAGAACGCGCAACCGCCACCAGGAGAUCCUCCGCAACUUCCUGGCGCGGUCGAACGGGCGGCCCCCGGCGGCAGAGGGCCAGGUGGGCGUGGCGAUCGCGGAGUGGCUCGGCGUGCUGCGCCUCGACGGCGAGGACCUGCGUGCGGGCUCGUGGGCCUUCGCGACGGUGACUCUCUUCGCGGGCCUGAACGGGGCGUCGGGCGCGCGGAUGCCGCGUUGCCGCCAUGCUCUACGAGGCUUCCGCAGGUUGGCGCCACCGCGCUCUCGCUUGCCCAUGCCCUACAUGGUCGAGGCGAGGGCGGUGAUGGAGCUGCUCGCCCGGCGCCGCGUCAAGAGUGCCCUCGCGGUGCCCACCACCUUCGCGCUGUACCUGCGGGCCGGGGGGGCGCUCCACAUCAGGGCCGUGGACCUUGGGCCCCCAGUCUCGGAUGUCGGGGCGCUGGCCGCCGUGACGAGCGACUUCAAGAUCGACGUGGAGGCGCGGGGGGCCCGCGCGGCCCUGGGCGCCGCCCUGAUGUGCACGCGGCGACGCGGCGGCGCCGCGCACGACUACGCCUCGGGUUACCGCCGCCUGGAGGACGCGCGCCGGCUUGGCCGCUGGCGGCAGCGGCUCGCGCAGGUCGCCCCCUAUCUCACGCCCGCCCUGAAGGCCCACGGAGAGCUCUGCAUGGAGCUGCUGAGCGCACGCGUCUUCGCCGUGGUUUUCUCGGGGGGCGGGCGCCUCUCUGAUGCGAUCUCGGGCGCGGGGGUGACGGCUUUGCUCUGGGACAUCAGCCUGGGCGACAACUACGACCUUAGGUGCAGGCGCAAUCGCCACCUUCUCGUCGGCUGGGUGAGGGGCGGGCUGGUGGUUGGGGUCCAUGUUUCCACGCCUUGCCCGUCCUUCAGCCGCGCCCGAGACAUCCCCCCUGGGCCCCCUCGGCUCCGGAGCGACUCGGAGCCGAUGGGCCUCGGUGGGCUGUCCCAGGCCGACCAGGAGAAGGUGGCGAUUGGUAACAUCAUGUUUUUGUUCGGCGUCUAUUAUACGUGA